AUGAUGUCGUCUAUUACUCGGGUCCUUCUGGCAUUGAUAACUACCAGCGCCUUUUCCUUUCAAACCAGUCCAACAAGAUUUGCAAUUCCUUCCAAAAGCGCCCAUAGUCUUACUGGUCGUAACCUCCAUCAGCAUAAGCAUCAUCAUCAUCAUCAUGAUUCAAGAAGAAACCUUAUGUUUCUGACCAAUCAUGCUCCAAUUCCAUUCCAAUCCACCAGUGAUCACUUGGUGAUAUUGAAAAACGCCAAUGAUGAGGAGAACGAUAUUUCAAGAAGUGAAACUGUUGCAUCAUCGGAUCAACUCUUGUUGGGAGGUUUGGGAACCUUUGCAUCACUCGUCAACUUUUAUUCCGAGUACACCUUGUUUACCACGGGAUGCGGCCUUCCUGCCGGACCAUUCGGCUUGGUUGGUCUUGUGGAAGGUCUUUCGUAUCUGGGCAUGCUCGGGAUUUUUUCUUAUUCUGUGGUGACCAAAAUUAGAACGGGAAGUGGUCUUCCUGCUGGCCCCUUUGGUUUGUUGGGAGCUGCUGAAGGCUUGUCCUUUUUGGCAAUCCUUGUUGGCCUCGUUGUUUUAGUAUCCCAAGUCACAAACUAUGGAUACAUUCCGAACGCAGUUCCAAUGGAAGGAGGAAUGUGUAGCUAA